AUGGCGCGGAAGAAAGGCGCCAAGCGCGGGGACGAUAACGAGGACGAGGCAUCUGCAGAAGCCCCGGCCGUAGAGCAGGAAACCAAGAAGGGCGGUAAGGCCGCCCGGAAGAACCGCAAAGGGAGGGCCGGAGACGAUGACGACUACGAGCCUCCGCCCGAUGACGUGGAUGAUGAACCAGUCUCGUCAGUCAAAAGCAAGGGUAAGGGCAAGAGUGGUGCGUCCGGGUUCGCUGCGCUGAUGGACGCAGAGAAUGGCGGGACGGCGGAGGAUGCGGAGGAGGACGAGGAGGAGGAGGAGAGGGCGAGGGGUAGGCGAGGCAACGGAGGGAAGAAAGCAGGACAGGACGAGGAUGACGAGGAGGAGGCGCGGGGAGGCGGGGGCGGGGGAGGGAAGAAGGGCGGAAAGAAGGGCAAGAAAGGUAAGAAUCGUCGCGACGACUUCGACGACGAUUUCGCAGACCCCGUUGCGGACGCAGCGGCGGAAGAGAACGGCAAACCCGUCGCCGCUAAACCCGAGGAGGGGGACAGCGAUGGGACAGUUGGGCCGGGGUAUUUGGUGGUGGGGGAGAUCAAAUCGGCGCGCAAGGUGAAGAAGGCCGACAAGCUCAAGGCGUGCCUCGUCGACAUCGGCGGCGCGUCGCCCAUUCCGAUCGUGUGCGGCGGGACCAACGUGCGCGCGGGGCUGCGCGUGAUCGUGUGCCCCGCGGGGUGCGCCGUGCCGUCGACGGGCGCGGCGGUGAAGAAGGCGAGCAUCAAGGGCGAGGAGAGCCUCGGGAUGAUCUGCUCGCGCGCCGAAAUGGGGUGGGCGGACGCCGCCACCGAGGUGGUCGAGCUGGACGCGGGCGCGUUCAACGUGGGGGAUCGGGCGCCGCUGGAAGAUCUCAAUGUAGGUGCUGGUGACGUGGCCGAGGAGGCGGAUGACGUGGCAAUGGCGUUCACGGGGAAGAAGAAGGGGAAGAAGGGGAAGGGGGGGAAGGGGAAGAAAGUGGAGGAGGAAGAGGAGGACGAGGAGUCAGUGGUGACGAGCAUUCCGCGCGACGAGGAGGAGGCGGAGGAGGAUUCGAUGGCUAUGGCGUUCGCGGGUAAGAAAAAGAACAAGAAGAAGGAUAAGAAGGGACGGAAGCAGCAGCAGGAGGAGAACGACGAGGAGGAGGAGGAGGCGAGGGAAGAAGUGGCGGUGGAGGAGGAGGAAGAGGAGGAGGUGGUGUCGAGUAAGAAGGCGAGUUCCGCUCUGCAGCUGCUGGCGGCGCUGGGCGACGAGGGGGGUGAGGAGGACGAGGAGGAGAAGGAGGAGGAGGAGGAGAAGGAGAAGGAGGAGGAGGAGGAUGAGAUGGCUGUGGCGUUCAGCGGUAAGAAGAAGGCGAAGAAGGGCAAGAAGAAAAUGACCUCCGCGCAGCUCGACGCGCUCAUGGCGGAGGCCGACGGCGACGCGGCGGAGGCGGGGGCGCAGGAGGCGGAGGAGGCGGAGGAGCGCAAGGAGGAGGAAGGGGGGAAGGGGAAGAAGGGGGGGAAGGCGGCGGCGGGGGAGGACGACAUUGACGCGCUGCUCAAGGAGCUCGAGGCGCCCAAGGCGGGGGGCGGGGGGGGCAAGAAGAAGAAGAAGGAGAAGGAGGGGAAGAAGAAGAGUGGGCGCACGGCGGAGGAGGAGGCGGAGCUCGACCGCAUCCUCGCGGAGCUCGACGCGCCCGCAGCCCCGCCCGCGGGAGGGCAGGCGCCCGCCGCCGAUGGGAAGGCGGACAGCGCUGCUGCUGAGGCGGAGGCGGGCAAGGCAGACGCCGCCGCUGCUGGUGAUGCUGCUGCGGAGGGGGAGGGGGAGGAGGAGGAGGCAGGGGGGGGCGGUGGAGGGGCGGAGUCAGCUGCAGCGAAGAAGAAGAAGAAAAAGAAGGAGAAGGAGAAGGCCGCCAAGGCCGCCGCGGCAGCCGCCGCCGCUGCUGCUGCUGCAGGCGCGAAGGAGGAGGAGGCGGCGGCGGAGGGCGCGGGGAAGGCGGUUGACCUGAAGAAGCUGCCGAAGCACGUGCGCGAGAUGCAGGAGCGGCUGGCGCGGCUGAAAGAGGCGGAGGAGAAGCGCAAGCGCGAGGAGGAGGAGCGCGAGCGCAAGGAGAGGGAAGAGGAGGAGCGACUGGCUGAGCUGGAGAGGCAACGCGAGGAGGCGAAGCAGCGGCGCAAGCAGAAGGAGAAGGAGAAGAAGGAGCAGCUUAAGAAGGAGGGCAAGCUGCUGACGGGCAGGCAGAAGGAGGAGGCGAAGCGGCUGGCCGCCAUGCGCGAACAGCUGCUCGCGCGCACUGGGGGCGCCGAGGGCGACGAGGGCGCUGGGGCGGGCGCGGGGAAGAAGCGCGGUGGCGUGUUUGACCGGCGGAAGAAGGGAAAGCAGCAGCAGCAGAAGCAGGAGGCGGGUGGGAAGGAGGAGGGGAAGGAGGACGCGGAGGAGGGUGGCGAGGAGGAGGCGAAGGUGGAGGAGGGUGCGGAUGGGAGUGUGGUGGAAGGUGUUAGUGAGGCUGUAGAGAAAGUGGAGGAAGCAGCAAAUGAAGAAGAGAAGGAGGAGAAAGAAGAGGAGAAGAAGGCGGAGGUGAAGGAAGAGAAGGAGGAGGUGAAGGAGGAAGAGGAAGAGGAAGAGGAGGAGGAGGACUGGGAUGCAAAGAGCUGGGAUGCGGAGGCAGUGAAGAUACCCAAGCUUAAGGGCGCGUUCGAUGAGGAGGAAGAGGAGGAGGAGGAGCAGCAGGUUAGUGCUGCUGCUGCUGCUGCUAAACCUGCUGCCAAGGCCAAGCCGGCAGACGGGGCUUCCAAGAAGGCUGCUGCUGCUUCCAAGGCGAAGGGUAAAGCGGCAGGCGGCAAGGGGAAAGUGGAGGAGGAGAGUGAGGAUGAGGAGGAUAGCGAGGAGGAGGACGAUGAUGAUGAUGAUGAGGAGAGUGACGAGGAGGAAGGCGAGGAGGCGCGGAGGAUGGAGGCGAGGGAGCGGCGCGAGCAGCGGAAGCAGGAGGCGAUGAAGGCACGCAGCGCGGAGGACCUGCGGUCGCCCAUCUGCUGCAUCCUGGGGCACGUGGACACCGGCAAGACCAAGCUGCUCGACUGCAUCCGCCGCACCAACGUGCAGGAGGGCGAGGCGGGCGGCAUCACGCAGCAGAUCGGCGCCACCUACUUCCCCAUGGCCAACAUCCGCGAGCGCACACGCGAGCUCAAGGCCGACGCCAAUCUGCGCGUGCCGGGGCUGCUGGUCAUCGACACGCCCGGCCACGAGUCGUUCACCAACCUGCGUGCGCGCGGGUCCGGGCUUUGUGACAUUGCGAUCCUGGUGGUGGACCUGAUGCACGGGCUGGAGCCGCAGACCAUCGAGUCGCUCAACCUGCUCAAGAUGAGGAAGACGCCCUUCGUCGUUGCCAUGAACAAGGUGGACCGCAUAUACGGGUGGAACGCGACGCCCAAUGCGCCCAUCCGCGCGGCGCUGAAGAAGCAGACGAGAGACGCCAUCCUCGAGUUCGACCGCCGCACCGACCAGGUGAUGCUGGAGCUGAAGGAGCAGGGGCUGAACGCGGCGCUGUACUACAAGAACCCCGACAUCCGCAAGUUCAUCUCCAUCGUCCCCACCUCCGCCAUCAGUGGCGAGGGCGUACCGGACCUGCUGCUGCUGCUGGUGCAGCUGACGCAGAAGCUGAUGGAGGAGCAGCUCAUGUACGUGGCGAGCGUGCAGUGCACCGUGCUGGAGGUCAAGGUCAUCGAGGGCCUCGGCACCACCAUCGACGUCGUGCUCGUCAACGGCGUGCUGCACGAAGGGGACCAGAUUGUCGUGUGCGGCCUGCAGGGUCCCAUAGUGACAACCAUCAGAGCGCUGCUGACGCCACACCCCAUGAAGGAGCUGCGAGUCAAGGCUCAUCUCCCUUCUGCUGCUUGCUCCACCUGUUUGCCUACACUGCUUCCUUGCACCACACACAUUCCUGCUCCAUGCUCAAUUUCUCCUCAACUCCAACCCGUUCCUCCCGUUCAUUCUCUCCUUGUCGCUCCUCCUCGCUCUAUAACUCUCUCUCCGCCUUCCUCCCCCAUCCAGGGCUCGUACAUGCACCACAAGGAGCUGCGGGCAGCGCAGGGCAUCAAGAUCACGGCGCAGGGGCUGGAGCACGCCGUGGCGGGCACGCAGCUGUACGUGGUGGGACCAGACGACGACGUGGACGAGCUGAGAGAGGAGGCCAUGGCGGACGUCAAGGGCGUGCUGUCGCGCGUCGACAAGAGCGGAGAGGGCGUGAGCGUGCAGGCGAGCACGCUGGGGUCGCUGGAGGCGCUGCUGGAGUUCCUCAAGAGCCCUGCCGUGAAGAUCCCCGUGUCUGGCAUUGCCAUUGGGCCGGUGCACAAGAAGGACGUGAUGAGAGCGAGUGUGAUGCUGGAGAGGAAGAAGAAGGAGUAUGCCGUCAUCCUCGCCUUCGACGUCAAGGUAUCAACGGAGGCGAAGGAGAUGGCGGAGGAGCUGGGAGUGCGCAUAUUCACAGCAGACAUCAUCUACCACCUGUUCGACCAGUUCACCGCUUACAUGGCGGGCGUCAAGGACGAGAAGCGCGCGGAGGCGGCGGAGGAGGCGGUGUUCCCGGUGGUGCUCAAGAUCAUGCCCAAUUGCAUCUUCAACAAGAAGGACCCCAUCGUGCUUGGCGUUGAGGUGCUGGACGGCAUUGCCAAGGUGGGCACGCCCAUAUGUGUGCCGGGGCGGGAGUUCAUAGACAUAGGCAAGAUAGCAUCCAUGGAGAAGGACCACAAGAUGGUUGAAACCGCCAAGAAGGGCCAGGCCGUCGCCAUGAAGAUCGUGGGGGUGAACGCGGAGGAGAUUCAGAAGUCGUACGGGCGGCACUUUGACAGCGAUGAUGAGCUCGUCAGCCGCAUCACGCGCAACUCCAUCGACCUCCUCAAAGAAAACUACCGCACCUGCUCAAUUUUUGUCAUCCUGCCUCCCCAUCUAUCAUCUUCUGUUGCCUCAUCUUCUGUUGUUCGAAUCUCUUCGCAUUCUCUUGCCAUCCUCUCUCCCCUCUGCCCCCCCCGUGGCAUGGACCAGGACGACUUGAGUCGAGAGGAUUGGAUCCUGGUGGUGAAGCUCAAGAAGCUCUUCGACAUUCCCUAG